CAUACCGUCACAACGAUACAAACGAAAACCUACACUUCAUUGAAAAGCUUAUUCCUGCCUCAGUAUGGCCUGAGACGCAGUAUGUCCUCGCCGGCGCCGAAUUUCGCCUCCUCUCCGUUCUCCAUCACCUCCCCGCGCCGCAUCCCCAAGUCGAAGUUUACCUACAAACAGCUUCACCAGCUGAAGUCCUACAGCCCGCAAACACCUCUCCGCGUAAUCGCACACGUCGACCUUGAUGCCUUUUACGCGCAAUGCGAGACAGUCCGCCGCGGCAUCGACCCAUCAAAGCCCCUCGCAGUCCAACAAUGGCAGGGCCUUAUAGCGAUCAACUAUCCUGCACGCGCGUUUGGGCUUAGCCGGCAUGUCACAGCUACUGAAGCUCUGAAGCAAUGUCCAGAUCUUAUUCUGCAACACGUCGCGACGUGGAAGGAAGGCGACGAGACAUGGGCAUAUCAUGAGAAUUCGUUCAAGGACAUGGCGACGCAUAAAGUAAGCUUGGAUCCAUAUCGAAUGGAGAGCCGGAAGAUCUUGAAAUGCAUAAAAGAAGCGCUGCCGGAGAAAGAGCAGCGUGUGGAGAAGGCAGGGAUUGAUGAGGUGUUCCUGGAUUUGAGCGCCCAGGUGCAUACCAUUCUCCUGCAGAGGUAUCCUGAGCUAGAUGGGCCCAUACCGUACGAUGACCCGACGGAGUACCUGCCGAAAGUUCCGACGACGGUGCUGGAUUGGGCUGCUGAUGCGCUCGUUGAGACUGGCGAAGAGAACGGAGAAGAUAGGGAUCCAGACUGGGAUGAUGUAUGCAUGGUCAUUGCCUCGGAGAUUGUGCGGGACGUAAGGAAGCAUAUCAAGGAAACACUUGGAUACACGUGCUCGGGAGGUGUGGCGAGGAACAAAAUGCUGUCCAAGCUGGGUUCAGCAUAUAAGAAGCCGAAUCAGCAGACUGUGAUCCGCAAUAGGGCGAUUAAGCACUUUCUUUCGGAUAUGAAAUUCACAAAAAUCAGGAUGCUAGGCGGGAAAUUGGGCGACGAGGUGGUUGCCAUGUUUGGUACAGACAAGGUGAAGGACCUCGUGGAACAGCCGUUGGAUCAGCUGAAGAAGUUGGGUGACGAUACUGGGAGCUGGCUGUUUUCAACUAUACGUGGUGAGGACCAUAGCGAGGUGAAUCCCCGAACGCAGAUCAAGAGCAUGCUCUCAGCGAAGUCUUUCCGGCCUACCAUCAACUCGUUCGAGCAAGGCGUUAGGUGGCUGCGAAUCUUUGCCGCUGAUAUCUUCUCGAGAUGCGUUGAGGAGGGCGUGUUGGAGAAUAAGAGGAGGCCAAAGACGAUUAACCUGCACCACCGGCAAGGUACGCAGACAAGGAGCCGCCAAGCGCCUAUACCUCAGGGCAGACCGCUCUCCGAGGCUAUCUUGUUCGAUCUGGCGAAGAAUCUCCUUGCACAAGUAGUAGUCAAUGGGCGGGCCUGGCCUUGCUCCAAUCUAUCCCUCAGUGUAGGCGGUUUCGAAGACGGCAUUACGAACAACAAAGGUAUCGGUGGAUUCCUCGUGCGAGGCGAAGAAGCCAAAGCCAUGAUGUCUACAGGCCGAUCAGCGAGCGGCGGUGAACCACCUGCAAAAAGAAGAAGAACGAAAGGAAACAUUGCGAACUUCUUCGGUCCACGCGAUGACAAAAAAAAGGACUUUGAUGCUGCAAGGGCGGUGCUGAGGACAGCACAUAGCGAGUCGACACGAGAAGAAACGGAAGAUGAUCUUAUUGAGCACGAAGAGGAAGAUCCAUUCCAAGAUACCAAUGACGAUAAUGACGCAAGACCUUCUACGCCCAUUUCAGAUCGUCACGACUCGAACAACGACCUCCACGGACCCAACACACCGCCCUCAGCGCAACCGCAACUCACUACCCACUCACCACCAUCCCACCAGCAUGAUCCAGACAUAUCUCAUACGCCAAUAUCACGCCAAGAGCCCCCCUCACACCAAAAAACUCUCGACACAUACUUCUGCGCACAAUGUAAUCUCCGCUUGCCGCCCAAUGAGAAGGCUGAACAUGACGAUUACCACUUUGCUCUCGACCUAUCAAAGGAAAUGCGGCAGGAGGAGAGAAAUCCACCGGCUCUCGCUGCACAGACUGGGAGUACGCUUCCCGUCGGUCAAAAGCCGAGUAAAGGGAGAGGACGGCCGCCGGGCAGUGGUGCGGGGAAGGGAGGAGGGAGAGGCAUGGAGAAGGGGCAGGCGAAGUUGGCUUUUGGGCGGGGAAGUUGAUGUUGAAUACAUAAUGAGCUUAUAUACCAC